AUGCAGACGGCGCUAGAUCCGAAAGAUAUCCCCGUGGGCAUGGCGGGCGUGGGAUUCGCGUUUAGCAUUGGCGCGACAAUUUCGAUAUCUGUGUCGCAGAACGUGUUCGCGAACCUGCUGCGCGCGGGGUUGGAUGCGGGUGAUGUGAUUAAACAGGGUGCCACGGGGUUCUUGGAGCAUGUCGCGGAUGAUCAGAAGGGGCUGAUCGUGGGCAUUCAUAAUUCUGAAGUUACGAGGACGUUUUGGAUUGGAGUUGCGGCGGCUUGUGUCGGGUUGGUGGCGGCGCUUUGCAUGAGGUGGAAUUCCGUCAAGGCGCCGAAGGAGAGAGAAGUAUAA